AUGUAUAACAGGAGUAGUGGGUUUCUUCUCAUAGAAUUCCACCAGUCUCGAGCCAUUCAGAAUACUUUCUUCUCAUUGCUCCUGCUCACUUACUGCACCACACUGAUUGGAAAUGUUCUCAUUAUUAUUCUGACCUGGAGAAGUCAUCACCUCCACAAUCCCAUGUAUUUCUUCCUAGUCAACUUGUCCUUCUUGGAGAUUUGGAUCACUACCACUAUUUCACCAAAGCUCCUCUCCAUCUUGGCCAUUGGAAAUCGAGCUAUUUCCUUCUGGAGCUGUCUAUUACAGUGUUAUAUUUACUUUGUCUUGGCAUCUGUUGAAUUCAUCACUUUGACAAUAAUGUCUUUCGAUAGGUAUAUUGCCAUAUGUUAUCCUUUGCGGUAUAAGAGUUUAAUGAACUCUCAACUUUGUUUAUAUCUUAUAAUAGCUUCUUGGAUUGGUGGCAUACUUUCUACCAUUGCUCCAACAAUCAAUGUACUUUCCUUGUCCUUCUGUGGCCCAAGGAUACUUCAACAUUUUUUUUGUGAUAUAGAGCCACUGCUUAAGCUUGCAUGCACAGACACAAGCUUUAUAAAUCUAUUAAACUUCUUGCUCUCUUCAGUUACUGUCCUUGGGUCACUUAUAUGUAUUACAAUUUCAUAUAUAUUUAUAAUAAAAACACUUUUUAAGAUACCUUCUGGAGGUGACAGGUGGAAGUCUUUUUCAACUUGCAUCUCACACCUUUUACUUGUGUGUAUGUUCUAUUCGGGUUCAGUCUUUAUGUGUUUGAGGUUUAUUAAAAAUUCAUUUGUAGACUUCAACAAAGUGGCAGUUGUUCUUAACACGAUUGUCACACCACUUAUGAACCCCUUUAUUUAUACCUUGAGGAACAGCCAAGUAAAGAUAUCCGUAAGAAGACUCAUUGUAUAUUUUACUUCCAGACUAUAG